CCUCAGUUCUUGUAACUGUCAGCAGCAGACCAUCAUCACCAAGGCCAGUUCUGUGCCAGGACUCAUCUUAUUCAGGUACUGAAUCUGGACAUCUGCUGGACAAUCCUGAAACACACCUCACCCCUUUCAUCCACAUCCUUUCUCCCGCUUGCUGAUCUAGCAUGUGGCAUCUCAGGAUGUUGGGCCAUCUCAUGCUCAUAUUUUUACUGUGUGAGGCAGACAGUACAUGCCCAACUGAGUCCAACCCUCUCACCGUGCAUCCUCCUGAGGUCAUAGGAGAAUAUGGAAAGACAGUCAUACUAAACUGCACAAGCACAGAAUUGGAAUAUGAAGAGAUGUACUGGAGAAGUGGAACCACAACCUCUGAAAAAGAAGACGAGCUGGAUUUUGUCGGAUGGUCAGUGCCACUGUCAGACUGGCAUGUAACCGCCAAGUGCGUAAUAAAACUGAACAAUUCUGCUGAAUGCAGCAAAGACGCUGAAAUCACUGUAUACAAGAAUCCAGUGAAGGUCAACCUGUUUCCUACAAAGCAUACAAACUCUGCGGUGGUAGGGAGACCAUAUGAGCUGCAGUGUGAUAUCCGAGAGGUUGCUCCUGUUAAAAACCUCAUUGUUAGGUGGUACAUAAACAAUCAAAUCAUCAAGACGGACUCUUUCAACAACACAUCCAAAACACCAGUAAAUACAUUCUCUACUAGUAAAGUCGUCCUCAGAAAAGAUCAACAUGGAGUUCAGUUGAGAUGUGAGGCUCAGCUUGACUUUGGACGAUCCGGACCGCAACUUCCUGCUAUGUAUGCCACAUACAAUGUUUCUGUGCACUAUGCUCCUGAGCUCAAGAACCCUGACAAUAUUGUUGUGUAUGAGGGUGAUGACAUCACCCUGACCUGUGGAGUGGAGGCGAAUCCUCCUCCUGCCUUUAUUUGGACCAGAGAUGGGGUGAAUAUGUUAGAGAACACGAAUAAGCUCAACGUUAUUCAAAUCAAAGCCAGCGCGACCUACAGCUGUGUAGCUACCAAUUACCUGGGAAGCGUCACAAAGAUCAUCAAUGUACGUGUGAUAGCAAACCCUGCAACUCCUGCAGCCAUACCUACCACUGAGGCUUCAACAAAAAAAGGUUGCCCCCUACUGUUGAUGCCUGCUGAAGCUGUGGUUAGAUUUGGAGAUCCAGUUUCAGUUAACUGCAGCACAACAGACGUAGCCCAUUUUGAGGGAAUGGGCUGGGAGGCUCCAUUUGGAGGAACAGGGUUUGAAAAGUCUUCUCUGGUAACCUGGAAGGUUGAAAAUCUGGAAGAGUGGACAAUAGAAUCUAAGUGCUACGUGACUCUGAAUGAUAGCCAGUGCUCUGUAAAGCCAGACAUCACUGUUUAUAAGAAUCCAGUGAACGUCGACCUGUUUCCUACAAAGAAUAUACAUGCUGCUGUGGAAGGGAAACCGUACGAGCUGCGGUGUGAUAUCCAAGAGGUUGCUCCUGUUAAAAACCUCAUUGUUAGGUGGUACAUAAACAAUCAAAUCAUCAAGACGGACUCUUUCAACAACACAUCCAAAACACCAGUAAAUACAUUCUCUACUUGGAAAGUCGUCCUCAGAAAAGAUCAACAUGGAGCUCAGUUGAGAUGUGAGGCUCAACUUGAGUUUGGUACAUCCGGGCCACAACUUCCUGCUAUGUAUGCCACAUACAAUGUUUCUGUGCACUAUGCUCCUGAGCUCAGGAACAAUACAGAUAAUGACAUUGUUGAUGUGGAUGAGGGUGAUGAUGUCACCCUGACCUGUGAAGCAGAGGGGAAUCCUCCUCCUGUCUUUAAUUGGACCAGAGAUGGGGUGAAUAUGUUGGAAAACAUGAAUAAUCUCAGUAUUAUUCAAGUUACAAGCAACGCUACCUACAGCUGCAAAGCGACCAAUUACCUGGGAAACAUAACGAAGAUCAUCAAUGUACGUGUGAUACCAAGAGCAGCAGCUCCUGCAGCCAUGCCCGACCCUGGAGCUACAACAAAAAAAGGUUGCCCCCUAGUGUUGAUGCCUGCUGAAGCUGUGGUUAGAUUUGGAGAUCCAGUUUCAGUUAACUGCAGCACAACAGACGUAGCCCAUUUUGAGGGAAUGGGCUGGGAGGCUCCAUUUGGAGGAACAGGGUUUGAAAAGUCUUCUCUGGUAACCUGGAAGGUUGAAAAUCUGGAAGAGUGGACAAUAGAAUCUAAGUGCUACGUGAAUCUGAAUGAUAGCCAGUGCUCUGUAAAGCCAGACAUCACUGUUUAUAAGAAUCCAGUGAACGUCGACCUGUUUCCUACAAAGAAUAUACAUGCUGCUGUGGAAGGGAAACCGUACGAGCUGCGGUGUGAUAUCCAAGAGGUUGCUCCUGUUAAAAACCUCAUUGUUAGGUGGUACAUAAACAAUCAAAUCAUCAAGACGGACUCUUUCAACAACACAUCCAAAACACCAGUAAAUACAUUCUCUACUUGGAAAGUCGUCCUCAGAAAAGAUCAACAUGGAGCUCAGUUGAGAUGUGAGGCUCAACUUGAGUUUGGUACAUCCGGGCCACAACUUCCUGCUAUGUAUGCCACAUACAAUGUUUCUGUGCACUAUGCUCCUGAGCUCAGGAACAAUACAGAUAAUGACAUUGUUGAUGUGGAUGAGGGUGAUGAUGUCACCCUGACCUGUGAAGCAGAGGGGAAUCCUCCUCCUGUCUUUAAUUGGACCAGAGAUGGGGUGAACAUGUUGGAAAACAUGAAUAAUCUCAGUAUUAUUCAAGUUACAAGCAACGCUACCUACAGCUGCAAAGCGACCAAUUACCUGGGAAACAUAACGAAGAUCAUCAAUGUACGUGUGAUACCAAGAGCAGCAGCUCCUGCAGCCAUGCCUGACCCUGGAGCUACAACAAAAAAAGGUUGCCCCCUAGUGUUGAUGCCUGCUGAAGCUGUGGUUAGAUUUGGAGAUCCAGUUUCAGUUAACUGCAGCACAACAGACGUAGCCCAUUUUGAGGGAAUGGGCUGGGAGGCUACAUUUGGAGGCACAGGGUUUGAAAAUUCUUCUCUGGUAACCUGGAAGGUUGAAAAAGUGCAAGAGUGGACAAUAGAAUCUAAGUGCUACGUGACUCUCAUUGAUAGCCAGUGCUCUGUAAAGCCAGACAUCACUGUUUAUAAGACUCCAGACGCUGUGACGGUCUCGUUGGAUAGCAGUCCUAUGGUGGAGGGCACAGAAUAUAAGCUAAAUUGUGACAUCAUCAAUGUUGCUCCUCAGGAGAAGCUCCAAGUGAAGUGGUACAAAGGAAGUGAAAUGGUGCACAAACAAAGGUUUAGUGACCCCAUUGUGACCCCAGUCAAUGUGUCCUCUACCUUGAUGGCCACUUCUAGCAGAAAUGAUGACAGAGCACUUUUUAAAUGUGUGGCUGAACUCCACCUUGGACCAAAAGGGCCAGAACUCGUCCCUGCUGCAGAAUCAUCACCUUAUACUGCUGUUGUGUACUAUAAGCCACAGAUCCAAAAUUGUCCCGGCAGUUACAGAGGUGUGGAACACGAGUUCCAUAUGGACAGUUUGAUCUGUAAGGCUGAUGGGAACCCUGAACCCACUCUUCAGUGGUACUAUCAAGGAAAACGGAUCAAUGCAUCUGAGCCUCUCACUAGGGCUCAGUCAGGAGAGUACACAGCUAAAUUUGUGAAUAGCCUUGGCAGCAUCAGCACCACAGUUCAUAUCACAAUUGAAUAUCCACCUUCAUUUAACUGCGAUAAAAGCUACGAGGUUCAAGCAGACGGUAAACUCCAAAAUGAGUGUGUGCCACAGGGAGAACCUAAACCUGACAUCAUCUGGUAUAAAGAUGGAAAACAGAUGUCAACCCCACAGUACUGGAGAAAGCAUGAUAGUGGAAGUUAUUCACUUAAAGCCACAAACAAUCAUGGAACAGCCAAUCACAUGUUAUAUGUUGAUGUUUUGUAUGCCCCUGUGUUCAGGAAGGGAAGUUACACUUUGGAAGUGACCCUGGAUGCAAAUGUGACGUUUGAUUGCCAUGCUGAGGGUAAUCCUGACCCUGUGAUCCGUUGGAACUACACCUCUGCAGACAAUGUAAUGGAGACCACUGGGGGGCGCCAGAAGAACAUCAGCAUCACAGGAGCCACGUCUACCAAUGCUGGUGUUUACGUCUGUGUUGCCACGAAUAAAGUUGGGAGUGUGGCAAAAGCUGUCACACUGGUGAUGAAAGGUAAAACCCGUCAAUUCCCCCGAGACAUCAUCUGGAUUUUGAUAAUUAUAUUGAUAUUGAUCACCAUCACCAUCCUCAUUGUCCUUUACUGCAGCCGCAGGAAGAAACAGAGAAAAUAUAGUUUAGUCUCUCAAAGCAUGCCUAUGACUACAAAGGCUAACGGGGUUCAAGCUUAGGAUAUUUAUUACUGAAUAGGUACGAUAAAAUCAGCUGCAUGGCGGAACAUUUAAUCAGAUAUAGCUUUUGUUUUGGCCUGUAAAUACAGUAUUAUCAUUUCAGCUUUUGUCUUUUUUUGUGUUUUUGUUUUACAAAAGUGUUAUUGUGGGAAGGUACGUAGCUCAUAUGUUCAUUUAUUCUUAAUAAAGUUACACAAUACCCUG